AUGUUGGAGCAGUAUAUUCCAGCAGAAACUCCAACUAUGACAAAAUAUACCCUGCUAAAAAAUGGAUACUGCAGCAACCUGACAUCAUUGCAAAAGUUUUUCACUGCACUGGUUUGUUGUCUCCCCCUGCAGGAUUUAACGGAAACUCCUCAUUGUUCUGUUCGUUGUGGUUUUGCUAAUAAAGUUUCGCUGACCACCUUUGACACCAAGAUGUCGGCCUGCAUGCCGCUGUCUAUAAAGAUGUCACCGUCAGCCUUGGUGGGCAUAAAGUUUGUUUUAACGGAGCAGUUUUGUUAUAGAAAGUUAUUAAAAUCCGUGACUGAGCUUUGCAGGCGAGGUUAUUCGGUGACAGCGGGUCAGGCGGCGGUAGAGGAAGAGAGCGGAGUGCGUGUCCCCGGGUUCAGCGGUCCUUUGGAUCACUACGACGGGCUGAUCAGAGCCGGGAGCCUCCGGGAGGACGAGCACCAGAGAGCGGUGCUGCAGAAACUGGACGAGCUGCACAGAACGCUGAGAGGAUACACCAACAGACCCACAUCGAUCUUCUCAAGGUUUUUUACCAAACCGAAGCCUCCAAAAGGCUGCUACAUCUACGGCGACGUUGGCACAGGGAAAACUAUGGUGAUGGACAUGUUUUAUUCACACGUGGAAACAGAAAGGAAAAAGAGGGUUCAUUUCCACGGCUUUAUGUUGGAUGUGCAUAAAAGAAUCCAUCGGUUGAAACAGAGCAUGCCCAAAAGAAAAGCAGGGAAAAUGGCCAAAUCUUAUGACCCCAUUGCUCCAGUUGCUGAGGAGAUCAGCGACGAGGCCUGUCUGCUGUGCUUUGAUGAGUUUCAGGUCACAGAUAUUGCCGACGCCAUGAUUCUAAAGCAGCUUUUUGAAAACCUGUUCCUGCACGGUGUUGUCGUCGUGGCGACAUCUAACCGUCCACCUGAAGAUUUGUACAAAAACGGACUGCAGAGAGUCAACUUUGUGCCUUUUAUUGCAGUGUUGCAGAAAUAUUGCCAAACUCUUCGCCUCGAUUCGGGGAUUGACUACCGCAAACAGAACAGACCUUCUGCUGGGAAGAUUUACUUUCUCUCCAGCGAGCCUGAUGCAGAGGCAACGCUGGAUAAGAUGUUUGAUGAGUUGGCUUUUAAACAGAACGACAUAACCCGACCACGAGUUUUAAAUGUUCACAACCGGAAAGUCCGUCUGAACAAAGCGUGCGGGACUAUCGCAGACUGUACGUUUGAGGAGCUGUGUGACAGGCCUUUAGGAGCCAGUGACUACCUGGAAAUAUCCAGACUGUUUGACACAGUCUUUAUCCGAAACAUUCCUCUGCUGACCCUCAACAAGAAAACUCAAGCCAGGCGGCUCAUAACGCUCGUGGACGCCCUUUACGAGCAUAAGGUGCGGGUGGUGAUACUCGCAGAACACCUGCUGGAGGAUAUUUUUGUACAUGAUGGGGAUCACAGUCACGAUGAGAGCCACAUUCUGAUGGAUGACCUGGGGCUGAAGAGGGAAGAAGCCAGCAGUCUGUCCAUCUUCAGCGGGGAAGAAGAGAAGUUUGCCUUUCAAAGGACCGUUUCUCGACUCACAGAAAUGCAGACGGAAGAUUAUUGGCUGGAGGGGGACAGAAGCUUAAAAGGAAAGGUGUAACAAUUGGAAAAAAGGCAUGCAGGCUACUCCAUGAACUAUACUCAUAUAUGCCAAAAACACUCUACUCCAUCCCACUUGGGGGGGGGGGGGGGGGGGGGAACUGUUUUACCAGUAUUUGUUCAAAUGUACAUACUAUAUUUAUUAGUAUCUGAAUGCUUUUUAACAUUUAAAUGCAAAUUUGCACUUUAAGGAUCAUUUUAAAAUGAACUUUUGGAGUGUCAUGUUGCUUUUAAUCCAGUGUCAUAUAAUAACCCAAGGUUUUACUUUUCUGUUUGGGGAAAAGAAAUAAAAACGCAACAUGGAUCAUUUAUCGAACUACAAUCCAGUACUAUACAGGAGGUUAAUGGGACGUUUAAUCUGGUUUACUUUAAUUAAAUGAUUACUUGCUAAAUUGUGUAUUAAUUAAUAUUAAGUCUAAAUAUGGUAACGGAAGUGACUUUUUGAGAUAUGAGAUGAUUUGUAUUGGUGCUGCUUGGGAGGUGUUUGAUGUAGAUGGAUCAAUCCAGACUGUAAUGAUCUGCUGUUUUAUGAUUUUUAUGAAGAAAAGAUAAUAUAAAUAUAUCUACUCUAA